GGCAGGAGGCAGGGAAGAAGCACAGAGAAGCCUCAGGAACCCAGGAAGACAGAAGGAGAACCACACAGAGCACCAAUGACCUCGCAGAUACAGGUCGUGGGUUACAGCAGAUGUAGAGGUGGAGGCUGAGCUGCCAGUGAUCCUGUGACCUUGGGGACGGUGGCUUGGUGAAUGACCCCCUUGGAGAACACCCUUCUGUACCCCUUGCUUGCCAGCCAGCCCAGCCAGACGACGGAAGAUUCGGCAGAUCGAGUGCCCACCUCACCUCUAAUGCCCAGGUCACUCCCGUCUUCCCCAAGGCUUCUGGAAGUGCUGAGACGAGAGGCACCCGGUUCCACCUCAUGCUUGGGGGACCUUGCUAACUAUGGGGCUUGUGCUAACCCUCCUGCUGCUGCUGGGGCUGUGCGGGAACUCUGUUUCUGGAGGGCCACACUCGCCCACAGACACUCCUGGGGUGUUGCAUUAUGAAUGGCCUGCAGUGAACUAUGAGACCCAAGACUCCUAUAAUGCGGGACCCAUCGGCAUCCUCUUUCAUAUGGUACAGACCUUUCUCUACGUGGUGCAGCCUCAUGCUUUCCCUGAAGAUAAUCUCAGAAAAGUCAUAAAGAAGAUGUUUGAGCCCUCAAUUGAUUAUGAAAAGAUCUUCAACUAUGAGAUCGGCCUCAUCGUGUGCGUUGUCCUGGGCCUGCUCUUCAUCAUUCUGAUGCCCCUGGUGGGGCUCUUCUUCUGCAUGUGCCGCUGCUGUAACAAGUGUGGUGGGAAGAUGCACCAGCGACAGAAGGAGAACGGGCCCUUCCUGAGGAAGUCCUUCGCCACCUCCCUGCUGAUGAUCUGCACGCUCAUAAGCAUCGGCAUCAUCUUCGCUUUCGCGGCCAACCACGAGGUGAGGACACGGAUCAAAAGGACUCGGAAGCUGGCAGACAGUAAUUUCAGAGACCUGCGAACCCUUAUGAAUGAAACCCCAGAGCAAAUCCGAUAUAUGGUGGCCCAGUACAACACCACCAAGGACAGGGCCAUCGCUGAUCUGGACGGUAUUAGUUUUUUGCUUGGAGGUGGAAUCCGUGAGCGACUAAGACCCGCGGUGAUCCCCGUUCUUGAUGAGAUUAAGUCCAUGGUCACAGCCAUCCAAGAGACCAAAAGGGCCCUGGAGAACAUGAACAGCAGCUUGCAGAGCCUGCGAGACAGGAGCGCACAGCUUAGCAGCAACCUGACGGACGUGAAAGAGAGUGUGGAGAGGGCGCUCAGCGACCCUGUGUGCUCCGUGCGACCAUCAAGCGACACCUGCAAUGGCAUCAGGGCGUCUCUGAGCCGGCUGGAGACCAACCUCGAUCUGGGGCAGCUUCCAUCUGUGGACAGAGAACUUGACAAUGUCAACAAUGUUCUUGGAACCGAUUUGGAUGGCCUGGUCCAAAAGGGCUAUAAAUCCUUUAAUGAUAUACCCAAGAUGGUACAAGACCAAACCACGAACAUUGUUGCAGAUGUCAAAAAUGCCUUAAAUUCCAUUGGUCCGGAUAUUGACAGCGUCACUCAACAGCUUCCUAUUCAGAAUGCUUUGUCCAAGUUUACGGUUUAUAUCAACAACACUGAGAGUUACCUCCAUCGCAGUUUACACAAGUGGGAAGAGUAUGACUCUUACUGGUGGCUGGGCGGCUUGGUCCUCUGCUCCUUGCUCACCCUCAUCGUGAUCUUCUACUACCUGGGCCUGCUGUGUGGCGUGUGUGGCUUUGACAGGCACGCCACCCCCACCAGCAGGGGCUGCAUCUCGCACACCGGAGGCGUCUUCCUCAUGGUUGGGGUUGGAUUUAGUUUCCUCUUUUGCUGGAUAUUCAUGAUCAUCGUGACUCUCACUUUUGUCAUUGGUGCAAAUAUGGAAAAAUUGAUCUGUGAACCUUACAAAAACGGAAAGUUAUUCCGGGUUUUGGACACACCCUAUUUACUAAAUGAGAACUGGGAAUACUAUCUCUCUGGUGUGAUAUUCAAUAAAUCAGAUAUUAAGCUCACUUUUGAACAAGUUUACAGUGACUGCAAGAAAAGCAGAGGCACUUACGCCACUCUGCGCCUGGAGAAUCUCUUCAACCUCAGCAAACAUCUGAGCAUUAACGAGCAUACUGGCAGGAUAAGCAAUGAAUUUGAAAAUCUUAAUGUCCAAGUUAACAUCGUCCUGCUGGAUCGAGAUGGAAGAGCCAACCUCAAUGAUUUUGCUGGCUCUGGAAUAGACUCAGUGGACUACGCCUCCUACUUGUCUCAGACUGGUAAAUCCCCUGCAAAAGUGAAUCUUUUAUCAUUUGCACAUGAUCUAGAAACAAAAGCAAACCAUCUGCCACCAGGAACUUUGAGGCAGUCCUUGAAAAGAGAUGCAGAAAUUCUUAAAGUGAUUCAUCGCCAACAAGUUGUUCCUAUGGAGAAGUCUCAGGGCACUUUGAACCAAAGCAUCAAGAUACUUCAACACAUAAGCGCUGGAUUAAGGGAGAAAACAACUAGGAUUCUUGCCUCUUUGGAUUCUGCUCAGAACUUCAUCACCAACAACAUUUCCUCUGUUAUUAUUGAUGAAACUAAGAAGUAUGGACGAACAAUAAUGGGGUACUUUGAACAGUAUCUGAAGUGGAUCGAGUUCUCUAUCCGUGAGAAAAUGGCCUCCUGCAAGCCUCUGGCCACUGCGCUGGAUUCCACCGUUAAUGUCCUUCUGUGUGGCUUUGUUGUCAAUCCUCUGAAUUUGUUUUGGUUUGGCAUAGGAAAAGCUACUGUACUUUUACUUCCGGCUCUAAUUUUUGCUGUAAAACUGGCCAAGUAUUAUCGUCGAAUGGAUUCCGAGGAUGUGUAUGAUAAUGUUGAAACUAUUCCCAUGAAAAAUAUGGAAAAUGGUAAUAAUGGUUAUCAUAAAGAUCGUUUACAUGGUAUUCACAAUCCUGUUAUGACAAGCCCAUAACAUCAUCGACAGCUGAUGUUGAAAUUGCGUACGCAUCAAGAUACUCCAAGUGGAAAAGACCACAGAUUUUUGAUAGUUUCCGAGCCUGCAAGGACUUUCCGAAGCCAGGAAGAAGGCCGGGUGGUAACACAGUGACUCAGGCGGGCGCCCCUGGCCUCGGGGUAGUGCUUUGUCAGGGAUGUACAGAAUCACAUUAUAGCCCGUGUGUCCGUCACUCUUCAAGGAUGAGUCCCCCUCCCUUGUUUAUCUUUAUAUUUUACUUUUUUUACACUGGGUUUUUCUUCCGACACUACAACAUACGGGGUGUUCGUUCCCAUUUAAUGCAUUUCUGUGUCAAGAGCUAUUCCAGUGUGAUGGCUCAGCUUCUAACAUCCCGCCCCAUGUGGUGCGUGCUAACACAUACCAGUUCACAGGAAAGAUGCAUUCUAUGUAUAGUAAAUAUUGUACAUACCUUUUGUUACCACAGUUGCAUUUUUUUAAACAAAUGAAUAUUUUAGGAUUUUCUUCUAAAUGUACUUAACUAUCGGGUCAGUGUUGACUUAUUGGUGCUGUUGAAAUAAUCCAUUUUCACUGGAAGUGGAUGAAACCCACAGUGUAUCUUUCCUCUCAGAGAUUUUCGUCUACUUUGCUAGUGGUUCUUCAUGUUCCAUUUAGAAAUAGAAUACAAAAACACACGGAAGCCAGCUUAACUUCAUCUAGCACAUUUGAACCAGAGAGAGAGACACUUUGAAAGAAAUGCCAUUUUUUAGCAUUUUGUAGUUUUAACAAAUGCUACCUUUUGUAGUUUUAACAAAUGUUACAAUGUACCCUUUAAUGGGGUUUUCUGAUUUGUUAGGAUAAACAUUAAUUCGAGUGUAACCAACAUGAAUAUCAUUUGAUUAUUGAUGACAAUUCUGAAAUAUGACAAGAUCUUGUCAUGAUUCCUCUACUUGGUAUUUGUUCCUUAAAAAAUCCACAAAAGCACAAAGUAAAUUUGAGUUUGCUUUAGGCUUUUAUGUUGGUUUUUGUCGUUACCAAAAGUGAACAGCAGUGAAAAACCGGUCAGACAAAAUUUAACAUUCAUGUAGGGAAAUUCAAGAUAGAGGCUUUUCACUAGGUCUUUUCAUUGUAGUCACUAUUUCAUUUCAAUAAAAAAGAAC